AUGUCGCCGUCCCCUCAUGGUGAUGGUGGCCACGGCGGAGCCAUGCCAUCAUCCUCCGAUCCCGGACUCGCCAUGGUGAUGGUCUUCCAAAACAUCCAAGCAACCCCUCUCUUUAGCAAUGCCUGGACCCCGCGGUCCGCCGGUGCCUACGCAGGCACUUGCAUCUUCCUCCUCCUCCUCGCUGUGCUGUUCCGCGCGCUGAUUGCGGCCAAAAUCCAACUAGACCGCCGAUGGGCCGCCGUGGCAUAUUCUCGUCGAUAUGUCGUUGUUGCCGGCCAAACCCCGGAAGCAGAACGUAUACAAAACGACCCCAACGCGUCCACGGCCAAUCUGGUUACGUCUAAUGGUGUCGAGGAGAAAGUGAAGGUUAUCAGACGGCCGCUGAACCGUACACCGCCCUUCAGGUUCAGUGAUGAUUUACCACGGGCUGCUUUGGUGAUGGUUAUUGCUGGUGUAGGAUAUUUGCUCAUGUUGGCUGUAAUGACGAUGAAUAUUGGCUAUUUCAUGUCUAUUCUUGCUGGUGUAUUCGUUGGUGACCUUGCUGUUGGCCGAUUCGGCAGUUCAGAAACCCAUUGA